AUGGCCUUCGCUGCUAUGCGCCAAGCCGUCAUGGCUGGUGCCCGAGGAGGUCAGACUAUUAGUCUUGUCCGAAAACUCAGCGCUGCUCCCAUCCCGCGAAUGAGUGUCCCCGUGAGCUCGACUUCGGGACGCUCGCUUCCGACGAUCCCAGCCCGUCUCAGCUCGAGAACCUUUGUUUCGACAUCUCGCUACUGUGCAGACGACCCGAAGAAGUCAUCCGAGGAUGCGCAGGCUACACAGAAACAGGCCAAGGAGGAUGAAGCCGAGACUGCCACUGAAGCUACCAAAUCUCCCGACUCGCAGAACUCGCCUCCUGCCUAUGCCGAAGAUGCCGAACCGCCUGCUUACGAUUGGGAAGAGGAUGCCGACUUCAACGUUGCCAAGUUCAAGGAUUUGCCUUACACCAAUUUCGGCACCAACCAGCACAUGGUCAUCGAUCGCGAGUUCAAGGAGUGCCUCCGACAGAUCCCUUGGAAGUUCCGCGCUCCCAUCAUGUAUGCUUUCGCAUAUGGAUCUGGCGUGUUCCCCCAAUCCAAGGGAAGUGGCACUGCUACCGAGGCCGAAAUCAAAGCUGUCCACGCAAAGGCACCCUUGGCUGUCCAGAAGGCCCAGAAUGGCUCGCCCAAGAUGAUUGACUUCAUUUUCGGUGUCACUCAUACCCAGCACUGGCACUCGUUGAACAUGAUGCAGCAUCGCGAUCACUACUCGGGCCUUGCUUCACUGGGUUCUGGAGCUGUUUCCUCUGUUCAGGACAAGUGGGGCGCUGGUGUCUACUUCAACACAUAUGUCACGGUCGACGGCAUCCUUGUCAAGUAUGGUGUUGUCAACAUGGAGACUCUCAAGCGCGACCUUCGAGAGUGGGACACCCUUUACCUUUCUGGUCGUCUCCACAAGCCGGUCAAGAUCCUCCGUGACAACCCAGCUGUGCGCAUGGCUAACCAGAUCAACCUGCUGUCUGCUCUUAGAACUGCGCUGCUUUUGCUUCCCGAGACCUUCACUGAGAAGGAGCUCUAUGCCACAAUUGCCGGCAUCAGCUACUUGGGCGAUCCCCGCAUGGCAUUCCCGACGGAGAAUCCUCGCAAGGUCGCCAACAUUGUUGAUCACAACAUGCAGAACUUCCGCGCUCUCUACGCUCCUCUCAUCGAGUCCCUUCCCAACGCAGAGUUUGACGACCCUACCUGUAAGAAGGAGAACUGGAUCUGGGACAAUAAGUCUGUUCUGAAGCUACGACAGGACAUGGACUCUGUCAAGCGAGGCAAUAUGGUUCGUCGCCUUCCCAAGGCAUUCCGAUCCAAGCUGUAUUUCGAGUACCAGAAGAAGUUCCAGAUUCCUCAGCUCGAGUUCAACAAGAUGAUGGACGAGAGCAAGAACGACGAUACCACUUCAUUCAAGCGCCAGCAGGGUGGAACUUUCGAACAGCGCAUUGCUCAAGAUGACCCACAGGAGCUUAGGAAGAUUGUUCGCAAGGUCAUCAAGAACACUAUCAAUUGGCCCAGCACCUCUCAGACUCUCAAGGGUCCCUUCACCGCCGGUGUGAGCAAGACCAUCCGCUACGUGCGCGAGAAGAUGGCUAAGCAUAAGGAGGGAAGUGAGCCCAAGGCAGAGGGCAAAGACAAGAAAGAUUAG